AUGUCAGCAACUUCGCGGCCAACGCUAGUGAAGUAUGAGACGCCAGUGCUGCUCUCCGAGGUGAAGCGCAAAAAGGCGCUCAAGGACGCCAAGAAGAAGGGUCAGCUGGGCCCGCAACUUGCCCCACAACCGGAGGACGUCUUGUACAGCAUCAUUCCCCCACGUGAGUAUGAAGAAGAUGCACAGAAGUGGGUCCAGUUCGUCUCCAGCACCCCGGCAACGCGGCUCGAUGUCAUUAAUCUGCAGGAGCACCUCGAUGCCCUCCUGAAGGAGCGGCAGGCGCGCGAGACGGGUAUCUGCCCCGUGCGGGAGGAGCUCUACCGCCAGGUCUUCGAGGAGCUCAUUCGUCAGGUGACAGUCAACUGCGCGGAGCGUGGCUUGUUGUUGCUACGGGUGCGGGAUGAGCUACGCAUGACGCUUGACGCCUACCGCUCGCUCUAUGAAAGCAGUGCGGCGUUCGGCAUGCGCAAGGCCCUGCAGGCUGAGCAGAGUAAGAUUGAGAUGGAGGCGAGGAUCCGUGCCAUGGAGCGCGAGAGGGAGGAGUUGAAGCAGCAGGUGGAGGAGCUCGAGGCCCGCUGCGAGGCCAUUCAAGAGCAGGAGGAGGAGCGGCGUCUGGAGGAGGAGAAGAAGCACAACGAUGAGGUAGCAUUCUUCCGCCGCACGUAUCAAACACUCACGGCUAACCUCCAGACUGUGUGCAACCCCGCAAAGACAUAG